ACCAUCUUCACCGCUAUCCCCUGAGUUCAAGAACAAACCACAGCAACGUUGCAAAAGCCCUGUCAAAAUUGUACAACAACCACAAUGGCCCCACCGGGUGACAUCCUAUCAGACCCCGACAUCGCGCAAGCGUACGAGGAUGUGCGUUCCGACAAAUCAGAGACCACGUGGCUAGUUCUCAAGUAUGCGUCUGCUACGUCGGAUUCCUUGAAACUUGCUCAAACCGGCACCGGCGAUAUCGCGGAAAUGACCGAGACGCUGGGAGACGAUGAGGCAGCAUACGCUUAUGUUCGCAUGAAACUGGGAAACGAUGAAUAUUCCGAACGAACAAAAUUCUGCUUCGUCGUCUGGGCGGGUCCUCAGACGAAGAUCAUGCGGAAAGCAAAGAUGAGCUUUCAAAGCGGACAGGUCAAGCAAGUUAUCAGGACGUACGCGGUGGAGGUACAGACCAGUGACAAGCACGACCUUAAGGCGGAUGUAGUUGAGAUGAAGCUGCGGAAGGCUAUGGGUGCGAACUAUGAUAGACAAGGCUCGGCAUAUUGAUCAGACAGUGCCCAGAAUCGAUUCAAAUACCAAGCACACGUUAUUACAUGAGAUGUGACUUUCAAUAUACAUCCUAUGUGAGGCC